AUUCACCGACGUGACCCUCCGAGGAUCAGUAUCCUUUUGGCAUCUCGUGAGCGCGGUCGUCCACCGCUCGACUUCGCAUGUAUCUGAAAACGAACUGAAACGCGUACCGUUGUUAAGUUUUUGUUAUUCGAACUUUGCAGAAGAGUACGUGCAAUAUUUGUUAAAAAAAAUAUUAAAUUCGAACUGAAACCAAAGUAUUUGUGUUGUGAAAUAUAAACGAAAACCAAGCUGAAUCAGCUAUCACUUUUGGAUUACUACCACAACUAACUGGAUAAAUAAAUUAAAAUCGUUACAAAAUGGAUUACAAAAACGAUCUUAAUUCCGACGAUGAUUUCGACUGCUCCAACGGAUAUAGCGAUAGCUAUGGAAGCAACGGUCGUCUGGCCAAUCCCAAUGGGUUGUCCAAGGCUGAACUGAGAAAGACCAACAAACCGAUUAUGGAGAAACGUCGCCGGGCUCGCAUUAAUCACUGUCUCAACGAACUCAAGUCCCUGAUACUGGAGGCAAUGAAAAAAGACCCGGCUCGCCACGUCAAACUGGAGAAGGCCGACAUACUUGAGAUGACGGUGAAGCAUCUGCAAUCCGUACAGCGCCAGCAACUGAACAUGGCCAUCCAGACCGAUCCCGGUGUCGUCCAGAAGUUCAAGACCGGCUUCGUGGAGUGCGCCGAGGAGGUGAAUCGUUAUGUCAGCCAGCUGGACGGCAUCGAUUCGGGAGUGCGCCAGCGUCUCACCGCCCAUUUGAACAACUGCGCCAACAGUCUGGAGCAGAUCGGUUCCAUGAGCAACUUCAACAAUGGCUAUCGUGCCGGAAUCUUCCCCCCUUCGGCCCCGGCAGCUGCUCCGGCUCCUCUGUUCCCGUCGCUGCCUCAGGACUUGAACAACAACAGCCGCACAGAGACCACCGCUCCAGCGAUCCAAAUGGGUGGACUCCAGCUCAUCCCCUCUCGUUUGCCAUCGGGCGAGUUUGCCCUGAUUAUGCCGAACACGGCAGGAUCCACUGCACCACCACCAGGACCCUUCGCCUGGCCGGGAUCAGCAGUCGGGGCAGCUCCAGCCGGAACCGCUAGCGCCGCUUUGGCCAGCAUUGCAAACCCUACACACCUCAAUGACUACGCCCAGAGCUUCCGGAUGAGCGCCUUCAGCAAGCCAGCUCCCACCAGUCAGACAGAACACUCCUUGCACAACCAAAUCCCGGCCCAGACACAACUGGCCGUGAAGAAUAGCACCAGCAGUCCACCCCUGAGCCCCAUCUCCUCGAUUUCCAGCCACGGGGAGGAGUCCCGAACCGCCUCGCCCGGCGUAGAUGUGCUGGCCAAGCACAGUUUCGCCGGAGUCUUCUCCACACCGCCGCCGACCAGCGCCGAGACCUCGUUCAACACGAGCGGGUCCCUCAACCUGAGCGCCGGAAGCCACGACAGCAGCGGUUGCUCCCGAUCGCUGGUCCACUUGCAGCAGCAGCAAGUGUCCUCCACCAGCGGAUCGGUGAAGCGGGAGCGGGAGGCCGCACCAGGAGCUGAUGCCGAUUCCAGCGACUGCUCCUUGGACGAACAACCCUCGUCGAAGAAGUUCCUGGCCGCCGCCAUCGAAAAGUCAAGCUCCGCCUGGAGGCCCUGGUAGAUCGAUCAUCAAUGAAACUCAAACAACCUAUGUUAAGUUUAUUAUCGAUUCCCAAAAAAAAAAGAAAACUUUGUUAAAUUAUUUAAUUGCAAUUUAUUUUCAAAGACCACGAACUCGAAUGCUUUAGAACCCCAUUAAGUUUCAACUUAUUCUAUGUUUUUGUAUCAAUGUUUCGAUUUCUUCAUUUUUAAGUUCAGCUGUGAUUUUGUAUAUUUUUUUGUGUAAUUC